CUUUAAACGAACUUGGGCCUUACAACUCCCGUUAUCUCUUUCGAGACCCAACCUCCGAGGCCCAAUCGAGCAUAUUUGGGCCCACUGGUCAAACCAAGUCAAUAUUGUGAAAUGCAGGUGGUGAUAGAGAGAAACUCUCGAAAAUCUUCUGGUUCCCACGCGGGCACGGCCGACGACGGGGACUCCGAUACCGCGGAAAGCCGAUGGAAGAAGAACGAGACGGCGAAAGCUAUUCUCCCGAUGGUGAAGAAGCUACCGUACAACUAAACGGCACCGAUACAGUAAUCGAAGAAGCUACUGAGACGGAGGCGCAGUCGAGCUCCGGCGAACAUGAUUAUUCUUACUGGUCUUCAGUUAGGUUUGACGUUCCUCCACAUAGAAACUACCAUUUCUCUGCACAGUUCAGAGAUUCUCCUUACUCGAACAACUUCCUCAAAGGCGUCAAAUGGUCUCCUGAUGGCUCGUGCUUUCUUUCGAGCUCAGAGGACAAUAAGCUGCGGCUGUUUUCCCUACCAGAUUAUUACGAUGGCUGUGAUCCAUCUGCCUAUUCUGUAGCUUCUGGUACAGAUUCUUAUGGUGCAAGCGUUGUUGUGGACGAGGGGGAGCCCAUUUACGAUUUUUGUUGGUAUCCCUAUAUGAGUUCCUCAGAGCCCGUUAGCUGUGUGUUUGCUACUACUACUCGUGAUCAUCCAAUUCAUCUAUGGGAUGCUACUUCUGGCACGUUGCGUUGCACGUAUCGUGCUUAUGAUUCCGUGGAUGAAAUUACUGCUGCCAUUUCAGUUGCGUUUAAUCCUGAUGGAACCAAGAUAUUCGCUGGGUAUAACAAGUGUAUCAGAGUGUUUAAUGUUCAUCGCCCCGGUAGAGAUUUUAAACAGCACUCAACCCUUAAAGGAAACAAGGAAGGACAAACAGGGAUAAUAUCUGCCAUUGCAUUUUCUCCAUCUCAUACUGGGAUGCUAGCCACUGGUUCAUUCAGCCAGACAACUGCUAUUUACAGAGAAGACAAUAUGGAACUCUUGUAUCUACUUCAUGGACAAGAAGGUGGGAUUACACAUGUGCAAUUUUCAAAAGAUGGAAACUAUCUAUACACUGGAGGCCGGAAGGACCCGUAUAUCAUGUGCUGGGAUGUAAGGAAGGCUGUUGAAGUUGUUUAUAAGCUGUACAGGUCCUCAGCACAAACCAAUCAGCGGAUAUAUUUCGACGUUGAACCACUUGGAAGGCAUCUUGCCACCGGUGGUGAGGAUGGCUUGGUUCACAUCUAUGAUCUACAAACCGGGCAGUGGGUAUCUGGUUUUCAGGCUGCUUCAGACACAGUAAACGGCUUCUCUUUCCAUCCAUUCCUGCCUAUGGCUGUCUCUUCAUCUGGCCACCGAAGGUUUCAAGCCCCUGAUGAAGAAGAUGACAAUUUUCACCUUAGCGAAAAUGAAAAUUGUGUAUCAGUGUGGAGAUUAUCGUGUGAUUCUUCAACAGUGGAAACAGGGCACAGCAAUGAAUCUGAACAUGCAUGAGUCGUUUUGUACAUUUAACUGUUUUAACUUAUAUGCCCUGAUUUUGAUGGUGCAAUUUGGCUGAAAGUGGCUGAACUUCUCUGUUGGUAUGAAUAAUAAUUAUUGUUAUUAUAAUUGUUUUUGUUGUUGUUCUAUUUUUUUUUUUUUUCUCAAUUUCGACCAUGACAUUGAAGUUUGAACUGUUUAUAUCUUAACUGUUAUGUGGCUUGUAGUUGAUUCUUGGAGGGUUUCGGAAUGAGAUUUUAAUGCCUGGUGAUUUUGAAGCAAACGGUCAGCUUCUCAAAAUUCUUGUAUUUGAAAACCACCACCAGCCCUAAAUGAGUGAGUGCUGCAGUGUCCUGAGGUUAGGUGCUUUCGAUGGUGCUCAACGAUCUUCGGAUUGGUUGCGACUUGCGAGCUUGCACUCUUUGAACUUCAUUUUCCCGACGACGGAGAAGCUAACAAAUCUCCAAUUUCAAACAAGCUUUUAAUAUAGCCUAGAGGGCGAUCAUGUCUUGCAGGUGUUAAUGGAUGAAAGGACACGGAGGCAUGAGAGUCUGGUGACCACGAAAUUGGUUUUCGGUUUCGGCAACACAAAGUCACAGUAAGACAAUCGAAGGAUUUGUAAGGUUUCUAUUUUGAAGAUCUCAUUCGACAACAAGAACAUCAAGUGUUCUGUCCAAUAGAAAGGGGUCUUUUUUGUUUGCUCGAGCCUAUUGAUAUAGUUUGCGUCUCUCUUCGAUCAUGUCGUAAUCCAACGAUUAAGAAUGUGUGAGACGCAUUUCCACAUGAUCAACAUGCACUAAUCAUCCUUGCAUCAAAAUUCGAAGAAGGUUUGUAUAGGUGAUUAUUUACAAACAAUUAUAGAAGAAAAAUCAAUUAAUCCUGCUAUAUGUAAUUUCAUAUUCCAUUUUUUCUUCCUCCUAUUAGAAAUGAAUAAAAACAAUACUAAGAUAUUAACCUAUUGCUCUAACAAUAUAUUUUUUUUUGGCUGUUGUUAUUCAUGUGCUAGGUACCCAAAAAGGAUUAUGCUACAGAGAAUAUUUCAAAAUUUUGGGCAAACAUACUUUUAAGGUAAAUAGAAUUUGAACUUUUAGAAAUUACUAUGUGUCAGUUUGGUUCUGCUGUAGUUUUUGCAGAAGUAGCUCCUGACUUGAGUUUUUAGAGAAGUACUUUUCAAAAAAAUCAGUUGAGUGUUUGGUUGAAAAUUUAUUAAAAGUGCUUUUUAAUAUGAGAGGUUGUAUAAAAUGACUAUAAAGGACUUACAAUGUAAACUAUGAAUAAUAAUUCUAAACAAUAAAAUGUAUAGUCAAAAUGAAUCUUACUAGACUUCUUUUAUAUUAAAUCAUGUAAUUUUAU